UGAAAGAUGAAAUAAAAAAAAUGAGGUAUUUCUUUUUACUUUUUUCCUUCUUUCUUCCUUUCUUUCUUCUUUUUUUUUUUUUAUAACUUUUUAUAUACAAUCUCUUUCUCAUGUCUGCUUUACCUCCUGGAUGGGCUAGUGCUCAAGCACCUGAUGGUCGAUAUUAUUUUAUUGAUCAUAAUAAUGGUGGCCGAACUACUUGGGAUGAUCCACGAAACUCGCAAUAUAACGCUCCUCCUCCACCACCCAACUAUGGCAACUAUCCUCCUCCUCCUCCUCCACCCCAACAAAGCUAUCCUCAACAAGGUUAUCCUCAACAAGGUUAUCCUCAACAAGGUUAUCCCCAACAAGAUCAACAAAGAGGCUAUGGGUAUCCUCAACAAACUUAUCCUCAACAAGGUUAUCCACAACAACAACAUCAACAACAACAACAACAACAACAGCCUGGUUCAAAAUUCUCUACUGGUGCCAAGGUUGCUGCGGGUGCUGCCUUAGCUGGGCUUGUCGGCUUAGGUGUUGGUGAAUUCAUUGAACAUGAAAAGGAUGAAAAUCGUCGCAUUGAAGAAUUGGAAAACGAAAGACGAGAGGAAGGAUACCGUGGUGGUUAUGAUCGGGAUGAUUACUAUAGAGAUGGCUAUGGUGGUGGCUCUACAACUAUCAUUAAUCAAGAUGGUGGUCUCUUUGGUGAUGAUCGACAAACAACUAUUCGAACAGAUGAAUAUGGCAAUACGACAACUGUGACAAAGGAAGAUGGCUGGUUUAGGGAUACAACUACAGUGACUGAAACGGAUAGAUAUGGAGAUACCAUAGUGGAAGAAGAAGAUUCUAGUUGGUUUUAGUUUAGAUACCAUACUCCUUCAGUUAUUUAUUUUGUUGAUUCAAUAAAAAAAUCUAUUUAUGUCUACUAGUUCACUACGACGUUUCAUAUUAUCACUAGUCAUCUGAACCUAUUCAACUGAAGUCAUACACCCAAUAAGAUGCCUUCCUUCUUAUCUUCAAUACAUCUUCUUCCUCCAUCGAACCUUUGUUCUAUAUAAAUUAGUUUUACGAGAGAUCAAAGGCGAGUGUGCAAUGACCUGUGAG